AUGGGCCGGAUGUCACCCCCAUCCGCCGACGACCGCUCACACCCAGACGACACCCACCGUUACGCCCAUCACCGCACCCCAUCAGCACACCGCACACACACCGCUACACGACCCCCACAAGACACACCAGAACACCCGCACCCGCCACCGUCCACACCCCCACCAGGACCCAACACGCACCACCACUCCCAAACAGCCGCCCACGCCCCUCAGCCCCACUCGCACUCCAACCAACCCACCCCACCCCCACCCGACCACAACCCACCCCACCUACAGCCGCGACCCCGCCCCACCACCCCACACCCCACACCCCCACCCACCCACACCCCCAAAACAAAACCACUCCCCCCAGCCUCACUGGACCCACCGAUGGACCUGGCUCGUCUGAUCUCCGGCAGGAAGACCCCCGGUACCCCUAAGGAUCGGUCUUGUAGCCUUGAGGCACAAGCCGUCGAUAAUGUCUUGCAACAACCUCACCACUCCCUUCGAGGCUGUGGAUUUACCGAGAGAUUAGGUCAGUUCAGAUUGUAA